AUGAAGAAAACAAUAGCAGCACAACAGAACUACUUCUUACAAACAAGCAAGAGGCGUGCGCCAGAGUCAUGGAGAGAAAUAAACCAGAGAUACGGUAAAGAAACAAAACAAGAUGAACUUGCCAGGGUAUCUGAGGAGACAAAAUCCUCUCUACUAGGAUUAAACCCAAAUACUCAGAUUAUUAAGAAAAGUAGGCCGUUGUCAAUGCAGAGUAUGCUUAUUUACGCUGCACUAUGCCCUUCUUUCAUCAAAGUAGUCUACCUAGCAGAGACGCAGAUGGGGAUAUCUCCAGUGGAAAUAUACUCUAAAGACCUUCCUACACUUACAGCAGAUUCUACAGUAAAGAAGAUCAGGUACAGUAGUUGCAAUACACAGCCUGUCCCUUUACUUGAUAAAUCUAUGAAAGUAUAUCAAGGCAUGUUCCAAAUACCAUCCAGUAUGGUGCCCAUUGCAGAAAUGGAUAAGUUGCCAAAAAAAACAAGACUAACUAUGCUUACAAAAUUAUUAAGUAUAAGUAUAGCACUAAACCAACCAGUGCUUGACAUAAACAGUAUAUUCAUACAGAAAACAUCUGAUGAUUUGCUGUACAUACCCAGUAGCAAUAAAAAUAAAAAGAGCGCUUGUGUAUCAGAGUAUAUGGUAUGUGUACUUGGUUUAUUACUUGACACAUACACAAUUAUGGAAAGGGCUAAGAUUAUGCAGGCUUUAGAUAAAACAAAAGAAGAAGCAGGGGAUUUGCUUAAAAUUGCCUCUUUGAUAUAUGAUGGAAUGAAAGGGAAUGAGUGGGAGAGUGCUUAUAUUAAUGCAACCAAACACCUUUCCUCCAUUAUUAAUACGCUUUAAUAAAUACACUGUAGAAUAGGUAUAAGUACGGAUUGUUCUGUGUGGG